AUGGUUGCUGACCAAGAUGGUGUUAAUAGCGAGGAGAUCAUCGCUGACUUUAAACGAGUCGCGGCUUCUGUCGAUGGGGAUGCCGAUUUCGCCCGAGUCCGGUUCAUUCAAGCGUCUGAGGGUGUCACCAUUCCCGGCGCGAAGUGCGGCCGAUUCGCAACGCUAGCGGGUAUUGUAACCCGUUGGACUUGCAAGAAGGCGUUCCGCUUUGUCGAAGACAACUACUUGUAG